GCGCUGCGCUCGGGAAUCCUCACGUCUCGCUGUCCCCAUGACGGUGUCGUACUCGUCCCGCGUGGCCACCGCGCGCCUGGGCGGUUUCUGGCGCCUUCUGCUGCUGUGGCGCGGCGGCAUUUACAAACUGCUCUACCGCGAACUGCUGCUCUUCCUCGGGGCCUACCUGGGCCUCAGCCUCGCCUACCGGCUUUUGCUCUCUGAGCCGCAGCGUCGCCUCUUUGAGAAAUUCGUUCUCUACUGUGACAAAUCCGCAAAUCUCAUCCCGGUCUCCUUCGUCCUCGGUUUCUACGUGGCGCUGGUGCUGGAGCGUUGGUGGGCGCAGUUCCGGACGGUUCCGACGCCGGAUGGGCUGAUGUUGGCGGUCGCCGCCCACGUGCACGGGGCCGACGCGCGAGGUCGCCUCCUGCGCCGGACGCUGAUGCGCUACGGCAGCCUCGCGGCGCUGCUGGUGCUGCGCGCCGUCAGCACCGCCGUCUACAAGCGCUUCCCCAGCUGCGACCACCUCGUGGAGGCCGGAUUUCUGACUCGGGACGAGCGCCGUCGCCUCGAGGCCCUUCGCUCUCCCUACAAUAAGUUUUGGGUUCCGUGCGUGUGGUUCGCGGCGUUGGCGGCGCAGGCGAGAGCCGAGGGGCGACUGCGCGACGACUGCGCCCUCAAACUGCUCAUGGAGGAGCUGAACAAGUUCCGCAGCCACUGCAGCCUUCUCUUCCACUAUGACUGGAUCAGCGUCCCACUGGUGUACACCCAGGUUGUCACCAUCGCCGUCUACACGUUCUUCGCCGCCUGCCUGGUGGGACGUCAGUUCCUGGACCCAUCGCAGGGCUAUGACGGCCACGAGCUCGACCUCGGGCUCCCCAUCUUCACCCUCCUCCAGUUCUUCUUCUACGUGGGGUGGCUCAAGGUGGCCGAACAGCUCAUCAACCCCUUCGGAGAGGACGACGAUGACUUCGAGACCAACACAUUCAUCGACCGCAAUUUCCAGGUGUCGAUGUUGGCUGUGGAUGAGCUCUAUGCGGAGGUUCCGCCACUGCAGAGGGACCGAUAUUGGGGUUCCCCCAACCCCCGCGCCCCCUACACGGCCGCUGCACCCCCCCGGGGACCCCCGUUCCGCGGCUCUGCCUUCGACGUGACUUUGGCGAGAGAGGAGAUGCAGUUCCAACCGCUGGAGGAUCUGGGGGGGCCCCUCGGGGACCCCUUGGACCCCCCCCAUCGCUUCUCCCUUCUGCACCCCAAGAGCAGCGAAGAGGGGGGGGGAACCCCCAAACCCCCCCCGGGGGCCCCCCCCGAGGAUGGGGAUGAGGGGGGGGACACGGCGGCGCUGUUGGGGGGAGUCCCCCACGCUGAGGGGAUGGUCUGA